AUGGAGCCUGUUUCUUUGGCUUUCGGUGUCGUCUCUCUAGGUAUGCAGCUUGUCCAGACAGCUGCUGCCAUCAGGGAACGCAUCGAUGCCUACAAGUCAGCGGCCAAAGAGCUAUCAACCUUAUCGGACAAGAUGGACGACAUUGAAGCCAUAUGCUACUCUCUUGAAGCAGCCUUCGGCUGCUGUGAGCAGGCACCCAAACCCUGGGAUACCAUGCUACUGAAGAAACUGCAUCGCAUCAUGAGUGACUGCCGGGACAAAGUUUCACGGCUAUACGACAUCAUCAACAAGAUUACUUCCUCUCAAUCAAAUAGGCACAUACCUCUCAACACCACGGGAGCACGUUUUCUUCAGUACAGGAGUUCAAUACGGAAAUGCAACGACGAAUUGGACCAGUCUCUCACUUCUCUCCACUUGCACAUGACGACCAAUAUCCUAGUUAUGAAUAUGCGACCACUACCACCAGCAUGCGACUCACUCAGUCUGAAUGUUACCACGGCCACACAAGUUGAAACCAAAAUGAAGAACAGUGCCAACUCGGCGGUUAUGAAGUACCGAAAAAGUCGAACCAGGCAAGACGUACAAACUCAGACGUGGGACUUAUCAUAUUCCUCAUUAUAUCGUCUCGAAAGGACAAAAGUACGAAAGGUGAAGCAGUCCAAGUCUUCCCCCGCUACGGUUCAAGAAGAGACCUCGUUCCUCAUCGGUUCGCCACUUCUGGGACUGUACGCAAAGCUCUCACUCCAACGUGGAUCGCUUAGUCCUUUAUCCGUUUCACUGCAGUUUCCCCAUAUAUACACCUUCGCCUCCGACUCGUGGUUCUUGACGGAUAUUGUAAGGGCUUUCAGAAUGGACAGCGUUGGAAAGUUGCGACAUAUCUUUGACCAAUACUCUAUCACCCCUUCUACGAACUUGGCUUUGGUAGAUUCAAUCUCGAACAAAACUGACACACUGCUGGGGUUGGCCAUUUCGAACAAGGCAAACCGCAUUCACGACUUCCUGAUCGAUCAGUGUCCCAGCUUACUCCAUGAACGGCGGCACCUCCCCCUCAACUAUUCCAUGCUUUAUGGCCCCGGCCCAGACGAAGAAGAUCCUGAUGGUAGUUUUGCGCGUAUGGUCGCUUACAUCGACAUGCGAGGUGAUACCCUCGAGCCUGGUGAGUUCAGCAUUCUGCUUGACAGCUGUUCGUCGUCGAUGCACAAGAGUUUCCUCGUCGACACUUGCAAGCAGCAUUUCCCAGGAGAAUGGGAGUCCUUUAACGGAUAUCUCUGGAACCACAUAUUCCACUCUUUUAAGCAAGCAUGCUACCACUCAAUCGUUACUAUGGAGGAGGUUGACAGGGAUACAAUAGACGGGCUAGCAGAUCUUACACGACAAGCAAUUUCUGAUGGGUUAGAUAUCCACUGCAGCAUGCCAAUUCAUGGGCAGCCACGCCUUGGACUGGACUCUGCUCUCCAAAGAUUGGUUGAUUUCGGCCUGCAAGAAGACGAUACUCUCUUCUAUUGUCAUCAGUGGGCUGAGAUGUUGUGCCAAGCGGGCGUCGAUGUUGAUAUUUACCUCGAGAGAGAGAUGCAGGCUAUAGGUGCAGCCUGGGACCCUUACCUCUGGGAAGGGGCUUAUGUCAGAGAGUUGAAGGUCAAGAAGUAUAUGGGCAGAAACCUUCCCACUUGGGUCAUGUCAUUUGCUGCCACGGAUGCUCCUGAGUUGUUCUCAGAAUUCCCUCACCUCGUCUCAUUGGAUUCCUUUGGGUACAUCAUUCCAGGCAAAAAGACUCCGGGAGAUGUUUACCACAUGCCAGAUGGGCCCAAGCCACAUCAGGGUUGGAAGCAAGUCUUGCAGGUACCUGGCGGAGUUGUUCGUCCACCUCUCGAGCGAUGGUCGCUUAACUGGCACCGACCCCCAAGACCUUUGGAUGAGGAAGGCAGGAAAAUGGUCGAGGGGCUUGCGUAUGCAUGCGACUUGAUGGAGAGCCGGUUCGAGCGAAAGAGACUGAAGAAGUUGCGCAAGGCUGGAUACAUGAGGGAGUUUGCUCCAUUGAGGUUUAAAGAAAGAAUCCCUGGGACGUGGGUGGAAUAA